ACAUGUAGUUGUUAUAAGUAACGGGAUGGUAGUGUUGGAGGGAAGUGCAGUUAGCUAGCAAGUGAAAGAAACAAUCAUGUCAGGUCUUGCUUGUUGCUCUAAUCCACCAAUUCUGGACCCUUUUUCUGGAGUUGGCCAUGUUGAAAACCUCGGUGGCCUUGAUGUUUACCUCACCGGCUCUCUUCUUUCCACCAUCGCCAUUAUCUUUGUCUCCGAUAUUUAUGGAUAUCAAGCCCCUAUUAUAAGGAGUCUUGCUGAUAGGUUUGCUGCAGCUGGGUAUUAUGUGGUGGUUCCUGACUACUUCAACGGACAUCCCUAUGAUCCUAAGAAUCUUGACAAACCCUUACCUAUUUGGAGGAAAGAACAUCCACCGGAGAAAGGUUUUAAAGCUUCACAACCCUUAAUUGAAGCUUUAAAGAGAAAAGGUAUUACUGCUAUUGGAGCUGCUGGUUUUUGUUGGGGCGCUAAGACUGCGUGUGAUCUUGGUAGAUCCAACAUCAGUCAAGUUGUUACGAUAGCACAUCCAUCAUCUAUCACAGUAGACGACAUUAAUGGUAUUAAUAUUCCAAUUGCUAUACUUGGAGCUGAGCUUGACACGACCACACCUCCAAAAGUCAUAAAACAAUUUGAACGAGUGUUGGCUGCAAAACCUGAAGUGGAUAGUUUUGUGAAAAUAUUUCCUAAUGUCUCGCAUGGUUGGACUUUGAGGUAUAACACUACAGAUCCGGAAGCUGUGAAGUCUGCAGAAAAGGCUCAUCAGAUCUUAUUGGAUUGGUUUAAUAAACAUCUUAAGCGAGAAAUCUGUUAAAACUUGAUUAAUCAGUUGUGGGAAAGUUACUGCUUGUUAUUAAUAAGGAUAGUUCCAAGGUUCUCGAACCCUUAGAGGAGACUGUGUCUGUAAUUUCUUUUUCCUAUGUAAUUUCAAUUUUAUGCAAGUGUGUUUGUUUGUGUUGUCUCUGAUUUGGCAGCCUUUCUCAAAGAAUUAUUCAAUAAAUCAGUCGUUA